UUUCCGGCAGUGUGGCGGAUCCCCGCGGUCCGGUGCCCUCCCGGGCCUUGGGUUAAGGGGAGGUGGAGGGUUCGAGUCCCGCCUGAGGGAUGAGCCUAUUCGACUUUUUCCGGGGCUUUUUCGGAUUCCCGGGACCUCAGAGACCCAGGGAUCCCUUCUUUGGAGGGAUGACUAGAGAAGAAGAUGAUGAAGAUGAGGAGGAAGAAGGAGGAGGAGGUACCUGGGGUCCCCGGUUUGAAGCCCCAGAUCCCCCCGAGGACUACACUUUUGGCUUUAGUUUUGGCCCUCAAGAUGAGAUGCGUUUCCACGAUAACUUUGGCUUUGACGAACUGAUUCGGGACUUCAACCGUAUUUUCGGAGACAUGGGGGCCUGGACCCUGCCCUCCCGCCCCCCUGAGCUCCCAGGCCCAGAGCCAGAGGCCCCAAAUGAGAGACGCAGGGAGGGGGAAACCAUCCGGGAUUCGAUGCUCAAGUAUCCAGAUAGUCACCGGGCUAGGAUUUUCAGCCGGGACUCGGAGAGUGAUCUGGGGCACUCACCUCCCAAAGUAGUCCCAGACUGGGACUCCAAGAGGCCUUUUCCUGGGUUUGAUGACAUGUGGCCAGUGACCCCUGAUACUGCAAAUAGAGAGGACAAGGAUCUUGAUUCCCGGGUCUCACAGGAGGGUUUGGGUCAAGUCCUACAGCCCCAGCCUAAAUCGUACUUCAGAAGUGUCUCCGUUACCAAAAUCACUGGACCAGAUGGGACGGUGGAGGAGCGACGGACUGUCGUAGAUAGUGAGGGCCACAAAGAAACCACAGUAACCCGUCGAGAAGCAGAUGGCAGUUCUAGAGAUGAUUCAGGCACCCCACGGCCUCCAGACUUGGGGGACAGCUCUACCAUCCUGGAUUCAUUCCUAAGACGAUGGUUCCGGUCUUGGUAGCCCAAGUUGACUUCGUGGAGUACUCCAUCCCUCCCCUCCUCACCCCACUCAUUACUAUCUGGGGUUCCUGAUAUCACUAGCUGGCUCAGCUGCUUUUCCUGCCACAGUGAGAGCAUUGGGAGGGGCGGGGGUAAGGAAUUUGACAGGUAAAGGAAAAGGUACCCUCCACUCUCCCCCCUCCCCCCCAAAUAAAAUCUUUAUUUAUGCUAUUGCCUCAGUCUCUUGGUGUACCUAGUUCCCUCUAAGGCCUGUCCUGGGCCUUUUGUUUCUCUUUGAUCUGCCUCCACCUCCUAAUGAAUGAGAAUCAAGUAUAAAUAUUCUUGUAUUCUUGUACUUGAAUCAAGUAUUAACAUUCCUAGUGGGGAACAUUCCUCACUAGGAAAUAAAGUUGCUGGAAUCAAACUUGUAAAAAAUCACAACAGUCCUAACCCAAGACAUCUACUAAGAAGUAGCUGAUGUUAUCAAAUGCUGGCGAUUUGGUAGGGCCUGCAGAGAAGGAGACCAGUGGCUUAAAGAGAGGUUAGGGGAGGCAGUCUAUUCAGUCUUGGUUGUUUCAAAUUUUCACAUAGGAUCAUAGGCUUGGAGGACCUUAGAGGUCAUUAUACCAACAUCUUCAUUUUAUUUUUAUACUCUAAACUUAAAUAUUUAAAUACACAUAGCAGAUUGUGCAAAGGAAUCUAUGAAAUCCUAAAUCUCCAUUUCAUACUGCUUGCAUUUUUUUAAAGGUAUAGAACAAAUUCUGUUAACUUCAAAACUGCCCUUCUUGUCUGUUCUUUUUGUGCAUUAAUUAAAAAAAAACAACCAAA